AUGGGUGGUGCCAGCAAGGAUUUCACCACGCUCCUAGCCGCUACGCUCCAUCAAAGCGCCUCAAGAGAAGCCGCGUACGCAUUUGCGACUAUACGAAGAAAACGGAACCCUGAUGAUUGUCACCAAAUAAAUCCUUUUGAUCUGUUCACGACACCGGCGCUGUCGACUGGCUGUGUUUUGCAGGCAUUCUCGACAGAUCGAUAUUGA